GCCGGCCGGCGGGGAGUAUUCAGUCUCCGACCGAAACAGCAUCACCAUGUACAAGUCCCUGCUCCUCGUCUUCGCCGUCCUGGCUGUGGCUUCGGCCCAGUACAUCGCCAGCCCCGUGGUCAGCACCUACGGCGCCGCCUACCCCGCCUACUCUGCCUACUCCGCCGCCUACCCCGCCUACUCCGGCUACUCUGCCUACAGCGCCUACCCCUACGCCUACUCCGGCCUCGGCUACGGCUCCGCUUACCUGUACCGUUAAACUCCAUUCCACCCGUUGAACAAGUCGCAGCAGACGACAGUUUCUACGGCGCGCCGCUUGACUUCGCAGCUGAGCAGCGCUUCAGAACUUUUCGGCCUCCAUAUCUCCACCAGUAUAAAAAUGCAAUAAACCGUUUAUCAUUUUAA